AUGGCGCAUUCCAAGGAGUGGCAGAAAAUGCUCCGGGGCGAGUUGUACUGGGCUUGGGACGAAGAUCUACAGGCGAACAGAACACGAUGCAAGCAGGCUUGCGAGGCAUUCAAUGCUGCGGGAUCGACUUCUCGACGUUGCAAGGUGGCAUUAUGGAGAAACAUUGUUGGUGACACACGUCCUUUGCCGCCAGUCAACCCAGAUCCGAAGCAAGAUGAAGAUCUUUUCGAAGAAACGGACCCGUUCGUGGAUGGGCCCAUUUCGAUCGACCAUGGACUCAAUUUCAAGGUCGGCAAGGGCACUUUUCUGAACUUCAAUCUUCUUGUUCUGGAUACUUGUCUCAUCACAAUUGGCGAGCGGGUACUCUUUGGGCCUAAUGUCUGUCUAUACGGAGCCACGCAUCCGAUGGAUCCGGCUGUCAGGCAAGGGUUGAAAGGACCGGAGGCUGGUAAGGAGAUCCACAUCGAGGACGAUGUAUGGAUUGGCGGGAGUGCGACCAUCCUUGCUGGGGUACGCAUUGGGAAAGGCAGCACGGUUGGAGCAGGCUCAGUCGUGACAAAGGACGUUCCGGCAUUUCACUUUGUUGCCGGCAAUCCCGCCCGAGUCAUUCGUCGAAUCGAGACCUCAAUGGAUCCGGAGCAGCAAUGA